CAUGCAUUGCGCCUUUUGAAUUCAACACUUAUGUGAACUCUUAUGCGCAUGACCCAGAAUGGCCUAUUUUGUCUGGAUCCCUUGAAAAGAUUGUGGAUGGUACAUACAGCGAGGGGCCGGAAGCAUUUAAAACCAAAGCCUGGAAAAAGAACACUAAGUACGUAUAUUAUUUGAAAGGCACGGGUUCACAUUGGUUCUGUAUCAAGGCUUACUUUGAGAGGUGCUGCCUCGUCGUGCUUGACUCCCUUAGGAGGAUAACUUCAAUUGAGAGGAUGGCUAGUUUUCUGAUGGAUGAUCUUAGAGGGUUUAAAGGCAUUGCUGGAAUUAUAGAAAUCGGCAAGCACGGAUAUGCCGAUUGGGAAAUCGAAUACUGCACAGUACCCCAACAGAUUGAUAGUGACUGCGGCGUCUUCGCGGUAAAAAUAAAUGACCUCGCAAUUGAUGAAUAUGCAUCAUUUUUUUUGAUAAUAUUGACUCAUUGGCACAAUACAGUCAUUCCUUCUCGCUAUCAUCCACGGGAGGAGAGAUUGGAUAUAUACACUCGGAUUGGGUGCUAUCCAGUCCGAGUUGUUCUUGGAGAUGACGGCAAGCAUCGAUUCGCUGCCGAGAAUGGAUGGAGAUACUUUCUCUAUGACCACUACUACCGAAAUCUUUGGCAUAUUCUGUUCAAAAAAUUAUCAGAGGCAGCAUACAUAGCCAUUGUGAUUUCGACCCUUGGUUCAGAAGUUGACUACCCAAUAAGAAUUCCUGAUUAUGAUUCUGAUAAAGAUGAUGUUACAGAUGAUGAUGAUGACGUCUUUGUUUGCAAGUUAGAAGAAUCGCACUUUCGGGACGAGAAGCUGCCCUUAAGUGACGAAUUUUGCGAAGCAAAUGGCUUUGUAGAGGGAAAAACAGAUGUCACUCUCAUAGGACCCAACAUACAGCCCGUGGUCUGCACACUCAAGGUUGAUUGUAUUGGUGAUGGGUUCCUGAAGAGAAUGUGGUGUUACUUUGUUGAUUCGAAUGGCUAUAACAAUCUAUGCCUGUGCGUUCUGAACAAGCGAGUGCAUGCACGCAAGGCUGUGAGUGAAAGCACUCCUGCCAUCCCACUGAUGAUGACAAGCAUGGGGACGACCUUUGCCCCAAUCACCACUGUAGGAUCGAUUGGCAUGAUCCCGAUCAUGUCAACCCCUACUCCUACGCCAAUGAAAACAAUGUUCCCAGGCUCGAUAACAACGCCUGGUGGAGCAUUCACACCAUAUCCGUCAGCUUGGGCUCAGUUUACUGCUGACCCGGCAAAUGCGCAGGCUCUACAGGGCUAUCAUCAGGUGAUGGCCAUGAUCCAACAAGCAGGGGGCUUCAUGCCAUUUGCCUAUCCUGGUAUGACUCCACCAAUCAUGCCGCCUCCGGUGUCGACCCCGUCGACAUUUGUCCCUAGGAUGGUCCCUAUACGCCCGGUGAAUUUAACGGGGACCAUGAAUGAAGCAGCACCUUCAAAUGUCCACGAGGUCGACGAGGCGGAGCAAGAGGCAGCCCGCAGGAGGAAGGGUAAGGCUAUAGCCAAACCCAGCAAGACCCGAGAUUCGACGUUCAAACGCCUAGGAGACAAAGAGGAUGGGCCCCGCAAGUCUGCCAAGCUACGUCUUGGUACUGAGAUGGGCCAGACUAGCGCAAUGGAAAGACUUGGUGGGAAUCGUCCUACCCAAUCACGGUGUUCUAAGGAAUCUGAGACGAUUCACCUCGACGAGGAAGAAGCCGAAAGCCAGCCCAGGGCAUCAGCGUAUACCAGGCUCCCAUACGAUGAGGAUGAUCUGGACAAGAUAGGGAGCGUGGCAAGAAAGCUACGUGCCCUGGAGGAAAAAGUGGAAGAGAAGGCGGGAACAAAGAAGUAUACCCUGGCCAAAUCUCCCUUUUCAGCCAGGAUGGCCGGGUGCACUGAUGCUGAGGAGUGUCUACUCUUCUUCUCAUCCUUGAGAGGGAGACCGGUGGAAUGGUUUAACGUCCUUCCCCAUGGCAGGAUUGGGUCCUUUGAGAAACUUGCCGAGGUUUUCCGCAAGAAGUACCAGGACAACUGCAUAAAGAGAAAGAAGUUCACCUACCUACACACGGUAGGACAAAGGGAAAAGGAGUCCUUGACUCAAUUCUUGACGCGCUGGAGGGAUGAGGAAGCCUAUAAUACAGCAUGGGAGUAUCCCAAGGCGAAGGUCUUGAACAAGAGCAAGCAGGAGCUGGAGGAAGGCUAUACAAAAGUGAAAGCCGAGAAGCCGAAGAAGGAUGACCAGACAGGAGGGUCUAAGCCAAGGGCCACAUAUGACGGGUUAGUCCACCAAAUUAGGGAUGAGAGGAAGGGAGAACAACCCAAGCGGCCUUGGACAGAGAAGUGGUGUACCUACCACCAAUCUGACUCCCAAAACACGGCGGACUGCCGAAACGUCAGGGCUGUGCUCAAAGAGAUGAUCUUGAGAGGGGAAUUGGAUGAAGUACUCGUUACGGGGCUUGAAAAAGACCCAUAGGCGAGUACUUGAAUCCGCCCACAUGAAUAGGAUCAGGGAAAUCAAAGAGGAUGGCCAAAAUGUGGUCAAGAUUACUAAGCUUGCUUUAGACGGAUAA